AUGUUUACACUAACAUUUAUCAAAACAAUACUGGACAGCAUAGCCAAUGAUGAUGAGAAUUUCAAAGGAGAUGGUUACACAAGCUUGGCGGUCAUAUAUGCUUCAUUUGCUUUAUGCAAUUGGUUAGCGCCAUCGUUCAUAUCAUUCACUGGACCCAGAACUGCUAUGUUGUUGGGUGCUUUGACAUACACACUUUUUAUGGUGAUUUUCCUAUUUCCAUCCACCUGGUUACUGUACUUUGCUAGUGCAAUACUUGGUGCUGGUGCUUCCAUUACAUGGACUGGUCAAGGCACAUUUUUAGCGCGUUGCAGUAAUCCUGCAAAUAUUUCGCGUAAUUCUGGCGUCUUUUGGGCUUUGCUGCAGUGCAGUAUGUUUUUCGGAAACUUAUUUGUGUACUUUCAAUUCCAGGAUAAAGAUCACAUUGAUGCCGAUACACGUAAAUUAGUAAUAAGCGUAUUAAUCGGUGUCGCCAUACUUGGCAUAGUAUUUUUAGCCAGUUUGCGUCCAGUAGCAGAUAAUUCCUCACCCGAUACUGAAAUGCAACAAAGACAAACUGGACUCGCAAAUGCUGUUUUUGCAUUAAAAUCAGCAGCAAAUCUAUUUAUGACCCGGGAUAUGCUACUGCUCAGUUUAGCAUUCUUAUACACAGGCUUGGAAUUAUCAUUCUUCAGUGGCGUAUAUGGUCCUUCCAUUGGCUUCACAAAAAAAAUUUCUGAAUCUCCUAAGCAAAUUUUGGGUCUAGCCGGUAUUUGUAUUGGUGCUGGUGAAGUAUUUGGUGGAGGACUUUUCGGCAUUUUGGGACCAAAAACAACACGUUUUGGACGAGAUCCAAUUGUAAUUGCUGGCUAUAUUGUGCACCUUAUUGCUUUCUUUUUGAUAUUCUUGAACCUACCAAAUUCUGCACCUUUUACGGACACAAACGAUAUUUCUUAUUUGGACCCACCACGUCCCUGGAUUGCGUUGAUAUGUGCAUUUUUAUUGGGUUUGGGCGAUGCUUGCUUUAACACGCAAAUAUAUUCAAUGUUGGGUGGCGUUUUUGUUAAGAAUUCCGUCGGUGCAUUUGCGCUCUUUAAGUUUACACAGUCAGUGGCAGCUGCAGUCAGCUUCUUUUACUCAUCCCAUCUCGGACUACGAGCUCAACUUGGUAUUUUGGUGAUAUUUGGCACAAUUGGUACAAUUUGCUUCUGCAUUGUGGAAUGGGCCGCAAAGAGACGCAUGCAAGAAGAAGUAUCUGAUGAUUCGAAAGAUGUGUCCCACGAUUCUCAAUCAGUUUCCAGUUAUGGAAAAUAA